AUGAAGAUGGCAAACAAAUGCUGUUCUGCCUCAGACCAGGUGAUACAUAUGGGGUGGGUGAAUGAGAGGCUCCAGGGAGAAGAUUCCCCACAACUAUAUACAUUCAAGUUCCUGGCACUGAAGGGUUCAUCAUUCUAUAUUUUCAGCACACCACCGGUAAGCACCUUAGAUUGGAUACGAGCUGAAAAAACCUAUAACCUCUGUGAGGUUCUAUUUAAAAUUCACAAGCUCUGGCUCAAUAAUGACUGUUGGCUACAAGCAAAUUUAUAUUUGGGUAUUCACCAAGACUAUGAGCUUGAAGAUCAGAGGCCGUAUUGUUUCAGUGUUGUGGUUGGACGUGGCAAGAGUCAUUACUUCAAUGUGGAACUGGGAAGUGAGCUGGCAAUAUGGGAGAAAUCAUUUCAAAGAGCAAUUUUUUUGGAAGUUCAGAGAACAGGGUCUAAAACUUUUAUGUGUACCUGGCAAGGAGAAAGUCUGUGUUUCACCUUAGAUUUUGCUGUGGGAUUCACAUGUUUUGACAAUAAAACAAAGAAGAUUCUCUGGAGAUUUAAAUUUUCUCAGCUCAAGGGGUCAUCAGAUGAUGGAAAAACUCGAGUCAAACUGCUUUUUCAGAAUAUUGAAACAAAACAAAUUGAGACAAAGGAACUAGAAUUUCAGGAUUUGACAGCAGUUUUAAACUGCAUUCAUUCAUUUAUAGCUGCUAAAGUUGCAUCGGUGGAUCCAUCAUUUAUAGACAGCCAGUUCAUUGCAAGAAAAUAUACUUACAGUAAUUAA